CGGAAGUGUCGGAAAAAUCCGAACAUAGCCGAAUAAUUGACGUAAAUGAGAAUAAUUGACGACACAAGUCACUUAUUCAUUCAAUGCAUUAAUAUACAGACAGGUUAUGUGAUGGCUGACCGAGGGUAUGGUCAUUGACAGACUCAGGGAGGUUUUUUCCACUGCCAUUGGCCCCAAUAUGGAGGAUGACCCCCAAAACACUGCCACAGGGUGCCUGGCUGCCAUUGAAACAAAAACUGUAGAAACCAUGACAACACCAGGAUUAAGGAUGAGUAAUGAAGACAAUGUGUCUACGAAAUAUAGUAAAGAUCUUCCUGAGGGCUGGCCAUGUAAGGUACGCACAACUUCUGGUGACCACAAACAGUCAUUAGUGUCAUUGACCGACUUCAACCUAACACCCUCACAGAGCUACUCCAAAUCCUCACUGUCAUUUUCUACACGACCAAUUGAUACAUCCAGCAUUGAAUCUGAUGAUAAUACCAGCCAGUAUCAGACUAGUCGUAACUCCAGAGGUCAUUCCAGUAGAGCGGCGCGCACAACUUCUGGUGACCACAAACAGUCAUUAGUGUCAUUGACCGACUUCAACCCAUCACCCUCACAGAGCUUCUCCAAAUCCUCACUGUCAUUUUCUACGCGACCCAUUGAUACAUCCAGCAUUGAAUCUGAUGAUAAUACUAGCCAGUAUCAGACUAGUCGUAAUUCCAAAGGUCAUUCCAGUGGAGCGGGGUCCAUUAAGCGGUUGAGUUCUCUAUCCGAUGGCCAGCCUAAGAGCCAUCCUACAUCCAGUUCCACAGUUUUCACCUUAAACAAUUCUGUCAACACCGCCUGUUUCGAGGCAGCGAUCCAGGAAGACUUUGGCCAUAGGUCAAACAUUGAUAUCGGUCAUUAUAUCUCCAAAGUCAGAAAUCUCAAGUCUCGAAAGCAUAGACUGUUGGAACAUGGAGGACAAAAACGAAGAGAAAAAAUUCUGAGACACAGUAGCGCCUAUGUGCAAUAUGAACCAGGUCCAUUAAAUAGCGCAAGCUUCAUCAGUGAACAGCAACAGCUCUACCAGGAUGCCCGCUUGAAUUCGGCGCGCAGUCGGACCAUGCCUUCACAGGGUCAACGAUCUUCGAUAUCAAGUGCAUCCCCAAAAUUAUUAUGUUCAAGUCCAAUUUUUAGCAGAGAUACACAUCCUUUUGAAAAAAGCAAUACAUACGCAUCUUGUAGUACUCGGGCUGUGUCCCCAUGUAGAGGUGCCUCAUUAUCGGAAACUGAGAUUUCACAGGGAACCAGGUCUAGUAAACCGUCUUCUGAUAAAUUAGAUCUUGACAUGAAGAAGUAUAGAUACAAUCAAACUGCAAUGGCUUUACAGCAGUCUGGCCUAAUGAAAACAACAGUAAAAACAGCAGAACUUUUACGAAAAAGUCGAUUGUUGCAGCAAGAAUUAAUUAAACUUCGAAGAGAGACGACUUUUUUUGUGCAUUCAGUGUUAAACAAUCCAGAAAAUAAACAUCUCAAGGAUAUAUAUUUUCGGAAAGGAAACAAUGAAAAACCUACCGAAAAUGAGUAGCUCAGUUUUUGUCCUUCUACCAUUAUACUUAUAUCUUGUAAAGGACCAAAACUUUCAGAAGACUUUAUCUGUUUUGAAUACUUGAUAUACUCAGUGUAGUUUUGUUACCUCAUGAUGGUCAGUGAUAUUUUGUGUUGUUCUAAAAAUCAUUGUGAUUGUCAAGGUAUUUGUAAUGUGUUUAUAUUCAUAAUUAAGACUUCACAGGGUUGUAGUGCACGAUGGUUGGAUGUGUCGCGCAAAAGGUCCAGGCUUUUGUCUCAAAGUUCAAGGACAUCAUGUUGCACACUUCUUAAUUCCAUAGCAAUACUUUGUAUCUCAGUCAUGUCUUUUUAAACAUUGAUAAAUGAUCACAGACUUGUUAAGUUCCAUUGGAAUGUCUGUUGUGCAUGAUUUUUUUUUCACCUUAAAGGUCAAGGUCACAUUUGGAGGUCGAUGUUGCAUAAUAUGAGACUUACGCAAUACUUAUAAUCUCAAUCUCAUUUUACCUGUUAAUGGGAAUUGAUAUUCACAAAUUUGUUGAGCAUAAUUUGAAAGCAUUUGUUAGGACAUAAUUAUGGGAUUUUAAUCAAUAUAUUUCAAAGUACUAAUGACUAUCUGUUUGAAAGUCCCAAUCAGGGGCAUUAGUCAUAUUAUUAUGACAGCUGUUGUUUUUUAAAUGAAUAGUAAAAAUAUUGGUGUUGUGUAACCAACUAGUUGUACACUAAGGUAUAGGGAUGUAUUUAUGAUUUUAACAGAUUCAUUGUAAUCAUAUGCUGAUGUAUAUGCUCAUUUACAAAUAAAUUAGCUCAGUUUUGUUAUAGUGUAUGGCAUAUUUUGUUUUGUGUGUCAAAUUUUUAUCCAGCUCUUCACCUGUGGCUCCUUUAAAGCAGUCUUUUAAUGAUUUUUAAACUUCCUUAAUUUUGAUUAUUAAAGCAUUUUUAGCUCAACUAUUUGAAACACAUAGGUGACAAUGUACUGUACAGUGGUUUUAUUAUUAAUUCAAUGUAAUUUCUCUUGCAAAACAAAAAGUGAAAGUAAUGGUAUUUUUGCUUUCCAUUUAGAAGUAAAUUGCUGUUACUGUAUCAUUUGAAAUAAUCAUUUAUUGUUAAUGUUGCUCAAAAAGUAACUGAAAUAUUGAGCCCUUUUAAUAUAUGAUGUACGGAUACUGGACUUACCGAAAUACCAUUAUUUACCGAAAGACAGAUAAAAUUACCGAAAUACGCAUGAUAGUUACCGAAAGAUGCCUUCUAAUGAUUUUUUUAUUGUUUUUGUAUCAAUAUUAUACAAAUACAUCACCAAACCAAAUUUUAGAGAAAAAGAUCAAAAUAUAAUGAUGUUAUAGGCAGUUGAAAUUUCAGUUUUUGAGAUCGAAUUCCGAGUGCCGACUCCCCAACCGAAAGACAGAUAAAAGCUUAUUGUUUGCUCAGUAAAUCAGUUUGUUCCAUGAACAUAACUCAAAAUAAUUUGUCAAACAUAUUUAGUAAUAGCUUUUCGUUAUGCUUUUGACUAAAGUGUCUCUUUCAAAAAAUAUGAAGGUCAUCGUAAUGGAUAUUGUUGAGAUAUUUAAUGCCGAGAGCUAAGCAAAGGAGCUACUGGUAAAUUGUAUGAGUAGCUUCCUUGCUUAGUGCUUGCCAUUAAAGGGUAGUAAUUGGAAAAGAGGUGUACUCAGGAAAGUUGUAUCCCCUGUGUCAGUGCUUCAAACCAAGCAUGUUAAUGGACCAAGAGCUCUCUUCAGACUCUUCUUAAAGAACUAGGUUAUCGCAACGAGUAUCUUGCAUCUCACUGUUUCUUCAAGACUUCUUAUAAUUAUGUGUAUUUAACUGGGAAUUACAGUUGCUUCUAUCUCAUGUCACUUAUGGCAUUGGAAACACAAUUAAAGUUGUGAUGUGUCAUGGCGGGGUCAAGCCAUCAUGCAGCCAAUAGCGGGCAAACAUUGAUAAUCUCAUAUAAACAAACAAUCAUUGUUAACUAAAAGGUAUUUUUUAUAUUGAAUGUAUUAAAAAUUUCAGUUUAAAUUUCCAUUGAAUGGUGCUUUGAAGCUUAAAUUGUAUCUUGGAAACUGGAUUAUUCAGGCAAAAUGUUGUCAUCAGAUGUUUAUCUGGGUUUUCUACAUCUUUUUCCUUGAAAUGUAUUUUUCUUGAAAUAUUAGAUCAGUAUUGAUUACAGACAUUGUCUUUUAAACAAAAAUGUUUUCAUAUGUAAUAAUAUGGUAUCUUUUAGAAACAUUUUUAGAAGCUCUUAUCGUUCAUUUAAUGUGUAUGAAAACCUGAUUGAAGUUUUAUGUUCUAGGUUUGUUGUUGACUAUUAUUUACAGAUAUAAUUUUGCCAUUCGACUGAUGAACUUAACCUAUGAUUUCACUUAAUUUGGGAAAUUUUGCCUGUACCACAGUGAUAUUUUUUUGUUUCAGAAUAAAGAACUGCAAACUUCUUCAAGGACAUAGAAACAUUAUUAAUUCUAACUCUUUUCAUAUGUUGUUACAUAUUAUGAGAUGCCUAUUUUAUCAUGAUUUGUUGAGACUUAUCAGUAUAAUAAAAAUGAUAUUUCACUGUGUCAUUGCACACAGGGCUGGGACCCAAUUUCUAUGAAGUCAUUUCUGAAAUGACGUUAUGUUCGCAUAUAAUUAGGCACACUUUUCAAAAAAAAUACAAUUAACUUUUAUUUUGAAUUAUUUUCUUCACAAUAUAUUCAACCUCGUAAACAGCAAAAUUCCACAUUUUACCCGUCACUGCACAGCUUGGGAACUAUAGUUUCCCAUGCUCAUUCAAUGAAAUAUAUUGUGAUCUUACACUGAAACAAACAAUUAUUCUCUAUAUUAUGAUGAACAGUUUCGUUAACUAUUGUCCCAAUUGGCAAUUAAGGUAUUCUAUGUUUUGCAUGUACUGGGUUAAGGGCUAUAUUAUAGUUUAUUUCUGUUUUAAUUUUCACGAAGCAAAAGCAAUUAGUGCUUGUUCAUUCUGUAACACUAUUUGUUAUUAUUUGAUGAAUUAUAUUGAUGUUAUGUGUACCAAUAUGAAAUUAUAUUGAAUAAGCAAUGAUGUUGCAGUAAAUGUGACUAAAAUAUGUUUUUUCUCUUUUCUU